AUGAGGUUCACUCUUUCAAAGCUGGUGUCGGCGAUCCUAUGCCUGGCCCCGUUGGGCGAUGCCUUGCCCAAUGCUGCAACUGAAGUGCUACCCCGGGCCGCGGGCCGAACCACUCCCCCGAGCGGAUGCCUGUCCGUGGGAAAUGGCGGCCAGUACGGUUCCAUCACAGAAGCCAUCAAUGCCCUAGGGUCUGGCACUGCAGUGGCAUGCAUUUUUAUCUACCCUGGGACCUACACCGUGGCUGACGGCGUUUCGGUCAAGUACAAGGGCCCGCUAACGCUCUAUGGUUCGACCACGGACACGAGCAAGCAAAACGCCAACACGGUAACAUUUACUCGGAACAGGGGCUCGCAAGAUGCCGGCAGCCUAGACGCAUCCGCCACCUUCAAUAUCGUUAGCAACAACUUCCGGGCGUACAACAUCAACUUCCGCAAUACAUACGGCACUCAGGGCCAAGCGGUGGCCGUGGCCGCCAACGGUGACAAGCAGGGUUACUACGCAUGCGGCUUCUACGGGUACCAGGACACACUCACUAUCCGGGCGGCUUCCGGCGCCAAUGUGGCAGGCAAGGUAUUUCUUGGCCGGCCGUGGCGGGCCCUUCCCCGCGUCAUUUUUCAGAAUUCCGACUUGAGCGAUGUCGUACAUCCUGAGGGUUGGACGACAAUGGCGGAGGGGGCCACCCCGGAGUUCCGAGAGUUCCAGAAUACUGGGGAUGGGUCUGGCACAUCCAAGAGAAAAUGGCUAACUUCGCCAACGACUGCCGGUGUUUCCAAAACACAGCUCUGGGGCAGUGACUGGAAGACUUGGGUUGAUACUGCCUGGUGA